AUGGCAGACUCUGUAUUUGGCCCCUGUCUUGAAGGGAUAAAGCAUAUAAAAUCUGAACAAGGAGAUAUGAUGACCAAGCCUUUAUUGGAUGUCUGCAAACUCAUACUGCCCAUUUUAGAUAAAUUUGGAGCAGCUAUGACUGUGGUAAAAUCCGAUAUCAAUGGUAAUAUAUCGAGGCUGGAAUCUAAGUACGACUCGAAUCCCUCCAGAUUCAAUUACCUCUACAACUUGGUACAAGCCGAAGUCGAAACAAAAUCCGCUAAAGCAUCGUCUAGCUGUACCAACGGUCUCCUUUGGCUGACGAGAGCAAUGGAUUUUCUUGUAGAAUUGUUUCGUAAUUUAGCUGAUCAUCAAGAUUGGUCGAUGUCUCAAGUUUGUAAUGAUGCGUACGGCAAGACCUUGAAGAAAUGGCAUGGUUGGCUAGCAAGCUCAAGUUUUACGGUUGCGAUCAAACUUGCGCCGGAUAGAAAGAAGUUCAUGGAUGUUAUAGGCACAGAAGGCGACAUCUAUGGUGAUAUGCAGAAAUUCUGCACGAAUUUCUCGCUGAUUCUUGGGGAUGUUCAUAAGUUCCUGGCAAGUGUGGGACUGGACAAUAUGAAGGCUUCAUGA